UUGUUACCCCAAUACUUGAAAAAGGACGAGAAAUUAUUCUGGAGAUGAGCAGCGUCUUUCAGGCUGAGGUGGGAGGAACUAGCUUCUGGAAGCCGUCAACCAAGGGGAGGGGACACGCGUCUGGGAACACGUGGGGAUGGCUCGCAGUCGAUGUUCGACGAGCGACUACGCUUUUUGACGCUCCACUUGUAGCGGAAUUGAACGUUUUUCAUCAAUCGCUAGAAGAAUAUCAACAAUCUUUUGCUCGAUUCGAUCCUCUACCUGACAGACCUAGGUUCAUAUCUCGAUACGAUAUGGUAUGAUUCACCGGUUGCAGUCCACGCAAUCUCCUGAUUACGCUAUUUUGUUACAAUAGAAUUGAUGAUUCGGGUAAUCAAUGUGUCAUGUGGCACCCUCGGGCUCGCCCUGGUCUUCCUCCUUCUAUUGAUAUUUACCUUGAGUGAGGGUGCAAGGUACAGACUGAAAUUCCUGAUAUUCAUCGUCGGCGCAGCAUUCGCAACGAUGUGGCCCUUGCCCUUCAUGUUUCUGCGUCCUAAGGAUUGGAGGAAUGCUCUAAUUCCAGCUUGGCAACUGCGAAAGAUUAUCAACUUCCUAGGUCUGAAAUUCGUCGUCCAAGGAAAGGAGAACAUUGUAAAAAAUUCUGGAGCUGUUAUCGUGAUAAACCACCAGAGUGGGCUUGACCUUGGCGUUCUAGCUGAACUGUGGCCAGUCAUUGAUAACUGCACGGUAAUAGCAAAGAAGGAGAUCCUGACGUACACAGGACCCUUUGGACUGGCUGCAUACAUGUGGGGAACGAUAUUUAUCGAUCGUAAGAAGAGAGAGACGGCACUGGACGCGUUGAAUUCGACGGUUGAUAUCAUAAAAAGGAAUAGCUCGAAGUUACUACUAUUUCCCGAGGGCACGAGGCACUCGGAGAACACUCUCAGGCCCUUCAAGAAGGGCGCCUUCCACGUGGCCAUUGCUGCGCAAACGCCGAUUCAACCUGUGGUUGUAUCGAAGUAUUAUUUUAUCAAUGAUAAGUUGAAGAAAUUCAGACCAGGAACUAGUUACAUAAGGAUUCUGCCACCGAUAUCGACUGAGGGGAUGACGAAAGAGAAUCUUGAUGAGCUGAUGAACAAAACUCAGGAAUUUAUGAAUACAGAGUUCCAGAAGAUUAACGAGGAAGUGAGGAGAGGAAUCGAGAUAAAAAAACAUGAAUAAAUAUUAUAACAACCGUAUAAUGAAGAGCAAUCCUCGUUUUUCCAAAUGUUGAUGAUUAAGUAAACUUCCAGUGAACGGUUUAAAUCAAGAAUAUUUUUUAAUCCUUUAUGUUAAUCUGUAUAAAGAUGUAUAUUGUCUUUCUAAUAAAUUAUUUCAUACAAAA